GCCUUGCAGCGGCGCUCUGGACUAAUUGAAGAUGAUGGAGGGACAACUUACUGAGUCUAUCCAUCUUAAACUCAGAACAUUUGUGUUUCUCACAUGAGGAGGCUAGGAGAGGGGGAGAGAGAAAUAUCAGGGGAAAGGAGAGGGUUAAAAAGCGUGUUAAAGGUAAAAGAGUCCACAGUCGCUCCUGCCUUGUUUAGAGGUGUCACUGAGGAUGAUACAUCUGUGACCACAAGAACGCAGAGGAAAGACCUGCUGACAAAACCAGAGAGGAGGACUGAGGAGCUAGAGAAACAUACAGUGAUGGCAGGAGAGGCUAUGGACCGGAGGAACAUCUGGAAGCCAAAUUUUUACUACACUCUGGGGAAGGAGUCAUUUUGUUUUGCUGGUCAUGACAUCAGCAUCCGCGAGUCAGUGGAUACCUAUGGGGCUCUGAUCUGGCCUGGGGCGAUAGCAAUGUGCCAGUUUCUGGAGAAUAACCAGCAACAAGUGAACCUAAUGGACAAAGCAGUGCUGGAGAUAGGAGCUGGGACUGGUCUGCUCUCUAUAGUGGCCAGUCUGCUGGGCGCCUGGGUGACUGCCACAGACCUUCCUGACAUCUUGUCUAACCUGACCUUCAACCUCCUGCGAAACACCAAGGGUCGAUCUCGCUACACCCCUCGGGUGGCUGGGCUCACCUGGGGCCAGGACCUAGAGCGGGACUUUCCCCACACAUCCAACCAGUUUGACUACGUCCUGGCAGCCGAUGUGGUCUAUCCCCAUGACUGCCUAGAAGAACUGCUAGGAACCAUGCGUCACUUCUGCAGACCAGGAAGUCGUACGACGUUGCUGUGGGCCAACAAGAUCCGGUUCCAGUCAGACUUGAGGUUCAUAGAGGGCUUUCAGAGCAGCUUCAACACCUCCCUGCUCACUGAGCUCCCACAGGAGGAGGUAAGGAUCUACAAGGCAACGGCCAAGGAGUGACAGAAGAGAUCCUGAGAGGUUCUGUGUUUAAAUAAAAAAAGACAGAUUUAAUUUUUUAUCUGCUGAUUUAAAUUAGUAGUGAGAAAAUUCUUGUUUUGAAGCGUGUUUACACUACAUACGACUACAGCACUGUGUUAUCAAGGUAGCAGCAGAAACAAAGCUACUCAGAUUUCCAUUUUCAGAAGCCAAUUUAUUUGCCAGUAUGUUUUUUGUAAAGUUGUUGUUUUUAUCGCUUUUUCUUUACUUUUCAAACUUCUGCUUAACAAUUUUGUUUUCAA